AGCACCACGUAACUGUUCCAAGGAAGCUGCAGUAAUCCGCCCCCCUCCAUCAUAUAAAUGUCUAUUUGCUUUGUCAGUCGUGUCCCAGCAGUACAACCUCUGAUUUGAUCCGAACUUAGGACUUUUACCCGUGGCCGUGCUUUAUCAGACUGCCACGGUUCCUUAUCGGUCUUUUUCCAUCUCACCGCGACACCUGGCCAACCUCCUGCGAGGCUUGAGCAAGGGCACCUCUGGUUUGUUGUUGUAGCAGUUAGGCAGUUAGGAUGACAUUAAAAUCUAAUAAAAACGAGCCGGCAGCCGUGUUCGAGCGGGUCAACAGCGUCCGAACGGCGCUCUCUGACCUAUACCUGGAAAAGCUGCUGCAAAACAAGCCGAAGUCAGAGAAGGCCAGCGACGGGAAGGGUGACGGCGUCUACACAAACGGCAGCAUCAAGAUCAUCAGCGGGCAGGACCUGUCCAAGAUGCGCGAGGUGGCCUUCGAAAAGAACCCCUCUGAACCCAUGGGUGUGACCCUGAAAGUGAACGAGAAGCAGAAGUGCAUGGUGGCCAGAAUCCUGCAUGGCGGUAUGGUGCACAGACAAGGCUCUCUGCAUGAAGGAGACGAGAUUGCAGAGAUCAAUGGGGCGAGCGUGGCGAACCACACUGUGGACCAGCUCCAGAAGAUUCUGAAAGACACGCACGGGGUCGUGACCAUGAAGAUCAUCCCCAAACAACAAAGUCGCGCUCUCGUGUGUGAGAUGUACGUGAGAGCGCAGUUUGACUACGAACCCAUGAAGGAUGACCUCAUUCCGUGUAAGGAGGCGGGGCUGAAGUUCAAAACGGGCGACAUCAUUCAGAUCAUCAACAAGCAGGACCCCAACUGGUGGCAGGGGAGGGUGGAGAGCUCCGAAGCCGACUACGCCGGACUCAUCCCCUCCCCCGAGCUACAGGAAUGGCGUGUGGCCAGUAAACCCAAGUCCACUGCAGCAGGCGGCCAGUCCUGCAGCCCGUUUGGAAAGAAGAAGAAAUGCAAAGACAAGUACCUGGCCAAACACAGCUCCAUUUUUGACCAGCUGGAUGUGAUCUCGUAUGAAGAGGUGGUGCAGCUCCCCGCCUUCAGCAGAAAAACCCUGGUGCUGAUCGGUGCCCCUGGGGUGGGGAGGAGAUACAUCAAAAGCGCCCUGCUGACCAAAUACCCCGAGAAGUUCGCCUAUCCUACCUCACACACGACGAGGCAGCCCAAGAGAGACGAGGAGGACGGAAAGGACUACUUCUUCAUCUCCAACGAGCUCAUGACCAAGUGCAUCACGGAGAACCAGCUGCUGGAGUACGGCAGCUUCGGGGGGAACAUGUUCGGCACCAAGCUGGACACCAUCUGGAAGAUCCACGAGGAGGGGAAGAUGGCCCUGCUGGACGUGGAGCCUCAGACUCUGAAACUGGUUCGGACCGCAGAGUUUGCACCCCUCGUGGUGUUCAUCGCCCCCACCGACACGGCGCCUCAGUCCGCGUCGCUGCAGUCCAUCCAGAAGGAGUCGGACGACAUCCUGGCCGCGUACGGGCACAGCUUCGACCUGGUGCUGGUGAACAACGACGUGGACGAGAGCGUGAAGGCGGUGGAGGAAGCCAUCGAGCACGUGACCUCCACCCCGCAGUGGGUGCCCGUGUCCUGGGUGUACUGACCUCCACGUGGACCCCCCCCCCCCGCCUCCUCUCUGGUGCAAUACACCCCCCUCCCUCCCCAAACCAGACCCAAGAAUGCGCAGAGUCAUCUUCCCAGUGACAGCCAUUUUAAUGUCGAAAUGUCACCGAGAAGUUCCGCACCUUAUACAUCAACACUCCGAUCACACUCGAGCAAUACCUAGGUUAUGCGUUUUAUUUUCGAUAUGCAUUCUCCAUUGUUGAACUCGACAGCACGUUGGUAAAUGUUGAGCCGAAAAGCUUUAAGUGUUGAAGAUUCAUUUCAUCCACGUUGUUAUCAUACCGAUGUAUUUCCCACCAAGUAAAGACAUGAUUGUUGCUAUGCCAGCAAUGCAAUGAGGACCACUACUGUGAAAUGAAUACUAGUACGACAGGGAUCCACCCUCCUUCACGAUGGCCCGUGGGUUCUGCCAUGGUGAAGGAACACGCCAUAAUAUCCGUUGUAAAUAAGAAUUUGAUCAAAUGAUCUGAAAAUACAGGGGACAAAUGUAUGUCAACUAACCCACUUCAUCUGUCUAAAAAACAACUGAAACAGUAACGAAACAUACCUCAUGUCUGACUGCAAGGCACUUUUAGACUUUAUUAAAAAGCUCCCUUAACGCA